GUACAGAUCUCAGCACCGCAACAGAUCCAAAAUUCCAUACCUUAGUAGUAGAAGAAGAAGUCCAUUCAGCCUGAGCAGCAGACUACUCCAACAUAGUAUCCAAAUCGCUUGCAAAAAAGUAUGGAAAAUCAAGGAUUAAGCACCACUAUGAGGAGAAUCCUCCUGUUGAUUAAUUGUUUAAUACUAGCUGUGGGUAUAUGCGGUGGUCCUCUAAUGAUGCGUCUAUAUUAUGUCGAGGGAGGUUCAAGAGUUUGGUUUAGCAGUUGGUUACAAACGGCUGGAUGGCCAUUCACCCUUAUACCUCUUGCCAUCCUAUACUUCUAUCGUCGAAAAACCGAAGGCAUUAAUGCCAAGUAUUACUUGAUAACACCUCGAAUUUUCAUUGCAUCAUUCAUCAUUGGUGUUGUCACUGGUCUUGAUGAUUUUCUCUAUUCGUGGGGCGGGUCAAAACUUCCCGUAUCAACCUCUUCACUUCUUCUUGCUGCUCAACUUGCAUUCACGGCAGUAGGUGCUUUCUUCAUAGUGAAGCUGAAAUUCACACCCUACUCUAUCAAUGCAGUGGUUCUGCUGACAGUUGGUGCUGUUUUAUUAGGUGUUCGAUCUAAUGGUGAUAGGCCAGAGGGUGUGACUAGUAAAGCCUAUAUUCUUGGUUUUAUGAUGACACUUCUCGCAGCAGCUUUAUAUGGAGUCAUUUUGCCUUGUAUUGAGUUGAUUUACUUGAAGGCAAAGCAAGCUAUUACNCAAUGUUUUAUUUUCUCUUCACAAGUGGAAAUGCAAAAUUCUCCGCCAACCAGUAGUAUGGAUAUGGCUAUUUACAUGGCGCAAGUCAUGGUUGGGGUACUAAUCUGGUCUCGCACUUGUGAGGACCUAUUCGCAAAUGCAAACUCCGCUUUUGCGAAGUCGAGCUCGCAUUUGCGAAAAUGGGCUAGGCAAGGCAGUCUUCGCAUUUGCAAAGAGAUGUUCGUAAUUGCGGACAUCACCAGAUCGCUUUUGCAAAUGCUUGGUCACUUUUGCGACUGGGCACCAGACUUAGUCAGGUUCGCAAUUGCGAACCUUUGA